UCUUUCUUUAUAGGCAAAAAAAAAAAGCCAAAGCCCUGCACUUCCCGUUGUCCCAACUUUUCGCUCAAAAGAAACAAUUUGGUGAGGAAGGGAACAGAGGUGUUGGACUGUUUCAAUAUGGGUCAAAUUUUCCACAUCCAGCUCUUCUGUGGUUAAUAGGGCAAAGGAAAUGCACCUGUCAUGGAAAAUGUUGAGAGGCGCUCCUGCCUGUCUGCUGCAAACUUUCCUUAUCUUCCGGUACUCGGGACUCCUCUAGCGCACAAAGUCAACAGUUUUGGAGACGGGAGGCAAGAAGAAGAAGGAGGAGUAGAGAAAGGACAGCCGAUUAGAGAGAAUGUAGCCGUUGCCCAUAGUGACGCAAGCUUUAAUAGCGGAGUGAGUACGACUUUUAACAACAGACCUUCUCCAUGCCACUGCCUCUGAGUCGUCCCAGUUAACCUGUGCUGAGGGCUCUUUAGUAAAAAAGCGACAAUGCCCCAGGCUGCCGACAUGAUCAACCUGGGCUUUCUGUCUGACUCUGAGCGGGAGCUGAUCCUGGAGGUGCUGCAACGGGACAAAGAGCUGAGGCUGGCAGAGGAGCAGCGAGUGAGGAAGCUGAAGACAGACUUGCUGGACAUUAAGAGGAAAGGGGCUAAGCGUGGCAGCGGAAGAUACAGUGAGCGUAGUUGUGGCCGAUGCCUGGAGCCUCUGAGUCGACUGAAUGUUUUCUCCAGCCAGUGUAAGAUGUGCAAUCACAAUGUGUGCCAGAAAUGCCGAACAGUCUUCCCCGAUGGAUCCUGGCUGUGCAGUGUGUGUGCCAAAGAGUCGGAGAUGAAGAAAAUGACAGGUGACUGGUUCUACGAUCAACGGGUCAACCGUUUCUCCACAAUGACUGGACACGACCUAGUGAGAAGCUCGCUCAAAAAGAGGCCUCAGUUGAAGAGGCGUGAAACAACGGGAGAAAUUCUGUUGAGAAGUACAGAAAUAAAUCCAGACCCACCCACUCCUGUUCCUCGGCCCAGGCAGAAAAAUCUAACAACAAACAAAGGUCAUUUAAGUGAGAAUUCGGGGUCAAUCGCUUCAAUGGAGUCAUAUGAUUCAAAGGAGGAUGUUUUGUCAAAGCCACCGCCCAGUGACACAGAGUCUGCAGAAAACGCCAGCUUAGGUAGCAAUAAAACUGAGACCGAGUCUGGACGUGUGACCCCUGAUCUAGCAAGGAAAGAGACGCACUCAGUUCCAUCCAGCGUUUCCAGUCAGACUGUCCCAGUCAAGGCAGAUACAGUCAGCGUUCACAGCAACAACUCAAUAGCAAACACUGCCCCAGAAGUAAAACAGGUCAGUCCGAGCCCAGAGUUGGAUGUUGAUAGACUCUUUAAGAAGAGCGUUAAACGAGCCCCAAAGCCUUCUGAAUACGUAUCGACACUGGAUCUCCGUGAGGAACCGGACACAUCGGCGGCCUCAAUGGGCAACAGGAGCCGUUCUGUACCAGGCUUAGACGUGAAGGAAGAUGAAGAAGAAGAAGAGGAGGAGGAUAUUGACAGCUUAGUUAGCUUUCAUAGAAGGACAGUGGCUUCGAGCUCCUCCAGCCUGCACGGCUCAAAGAGCACACUGGGCAGCCUGAUGAGUAUUUACAGUGAAGCAGGAGACUACGACAGUGUGGACGUGAGCGGAGACGUCGUCUUCUCCAUAAGCUAUGUCGAACGCACCCAGAGCCUCCAGGUCUUCAUCAAGGAGUGCCACGGGCUGGCCUCUGGCGAUGCCUCGCGGCACAUCUCUAACCCUUAUGUCAAAUGUUACCUUCUCCCUGACAAAUCUCGCCAGAGCAAAAGGAAGACCAGCAUCAAGAGAAACACCCUCAACCCCGUCUACCAAGAAACACUGAAGUACUCCAUCAGCCGCUCUCAGCUGUUCACUCGAUCCUUGUUGAUAUCAGUCUGGCAUCAUGGUCGGCUCACCCGCAAUGCUUUCCUGGGAGAGGUGGAGAUCCCUCUGGACUGCCGAGACCUGGACUCCCCGGAGGAGGAGCGAGUGGCACUCAUGUCAAAGGCCGCCUCUCUGCCGGCUUCAGCCUUCGCUCAGUACAAAGGAGAAUUGGUGAUCUCUUUGAAGUAUAUCACACCUAAAAAGCCCACAACAGAGAAAAUCAAAGGCAAAAAGGCGGUGACUGAGGAAGGGGGAGAACUGCACGUCUUAAUUAAAGAGGCAAAGAAUUUGAUGGCAAUGAAAGCAGGAGACACAUCAGAUAGCUUUGUAAAAGGGUAUUUGUUCCCAUCAAAAGCAAAGAGCACAAAGAGAAAGACUCCAGUUGUGAAGAAGAACCUGAACCCUCACUACGACCACACGUUCGUGUACAAGGAUCUGGCUCUGGAGCAGCUGAAGGGGAUGUGUCUGGAGCUCACGGUGUGGGACAGAGAGGCCAUGUUGAGCAACGAAUUCCUGGGAGGAGUGCGCCUCAGCUCCGGCAAAGGCACCAUAAAAAUAGGAAAGGAGGAAAUGGAAAUGGACUCCAUUGGAGAGGAGGUCAGUAUGUGGCAGAAGAUGAUGCAGUACCCCGACUCGUGGGCAGAGGGCACUCUUCCACUGCGUUCCACUAUGGGGAAGGAGAAGGGCAAAUGAGGACUACACACUCAGCAGCAGCCUGGACCGUUGGAAAUAAAGACACUGAAAUGGGAAGAA